GAAGCACAUUAUUUGCUCUGUACAACGUAUAAAUAAAACCUUUUUAAAAACAAAGUGAGCUGAAUGAUAAAACACUUCGUGCUAUAGGUAAAGAUUUACAGGAGAUUAUUUGUACCGAAAGGUUUUGGGAUAGCUUCUCUGAUGUUGUUGCUAUGGUGAUGGGACUUCACACCGAAGCUAAGGGAAGACAAUCAACCGUCUGUUAAACAACAAUCAACAAACCCUAUUAUUUCCUUUAAUAAAAACAUGGAGGAACGCUUUGCAUUUCUGGCUGAGUGGUACGACCCCAGCGCCGCUCUCCUGCGAAGAUACCAGCUGCUCUACUACCCUAAAGAUGGCUCUGUUGAAAUGUUUGAUAUGAAAAACCAACGCACCUUUCUACGGCGGACCAAGUAUGAUGACCUUCAUGCAGAUGAUCUGUUUGUUGGAAACCGAGUCAAUGUCUUCUCUCGUCAACUGAACCUCAUUGGUUAUGGGGACCAAUAUACGACAAACAAACUGGGCAGUAAGAAGGAGAGGACUUUGGCUAUGAUAAAGCCUGAUGCAGUCACCAAAAUUGGCGAUAUUAUUCAGAUGAUAUAUGAUGCCAACCUUAUUGUCACCAAAGCCAAAAUGACCAAACUUACAUGGAAGCAGGCAGCGGACUUUUACACGGAACAUCAGUCAAAGUCUUUUUUCAAUAAUCUAGUGCAGUUUGUGAGCUCUGGUCCAGUGAUCGCUAUGGAGUUGAUGGGAGAUGAGGCAGUCUCAGUCUGGAGAAAAGUUCUUGGCCCGACCGAUUCUGGUGUGGCCCGAAAAGAUGCAGCUCACAGUCUCCGAGCCCAAUUUGGUACCGAUGGUACUAAAAAUGCAGGACAUGGGUCAGACUCAUUGGCGUCUGCUGCACGGGAGCUGGAGUUUUUCUUCCCCUCCACUGCCGGUCAUGGCCCCUCCAACACAGCCAAGUUUUCUGACUGCACCUGCUGUAUCAUCAAACCUCAUGCCAUCUCAGAGGCACUAACAGGAAAGAUUCUGAAGUCAAUCAUAGAAAAUGGAUUUGAGAUCACAGCUUUACAAAUGUUCAGCAUGGAUCGAGCCAAUGCUGAGGAGUUUUUAGAGGUUUAUAAAGGGGUCGUAGCAGAAUACACUAAUAUGGUGGAUGAACUUUGUUCGGGACCAUGCAUGGCCCUAGAGAUCCAUGCUCCUGACGCACCCAAAGCCUUCCGAGAGUUCUGUGGACCAGCUGACCCUGAAAUUGCACAGCAUCUUCGGCCCAACACUUUACGAGCUCUCUUCGGCAAAAACAAAGUGCAGAACGGCGUUCACUGCACAGACCUGGCAGACGAUGGGAUCCUGGAGGUUCAAUAUUUCUUUAAGAUUUUAGAUGGAUGAAGCAAACGCAAGACAUUUUUCCAACACCAUUUAAAUAAAGACCACUUUAACAAUACAUCAGUUGUCUGUCCAUUUAUUUCUUUUUCAGGUCUAACCCAGAUUUAAAUAACAAUACAUGAGCAAAUGACUGUUUUGACAAGUGUUCCAACAUUUUGGAGCCUUUUAAGUUGUUUUUAUAACACAAACAUAGUAUCCUAUUACAUGGGGUAUUGCUUUGCAUCUGAUAGGUUUCGAACCUUUGACCAGUGACUUUGGUAUCUGGAUUCAUACAUUACGUUUUCUCCUGCUGCAAAAAAUUGUACAACUGCAUAAAUAUAAAAUUCUUCCACCAUGAACAUGGCUAAAACAUUCAUUAGAAAGUAACACCACAUAUUAUGCGAUGUCUCCAGAAAAAAAUUAAAAGCACUGAAAUGCCACGGUGACCACUGGCCACUUCAGUCCUCCAGGCUAGACACAGUUCUACACUUAAUAGUAAAGGAAUAUAAGCUUUACACAAACCGACUUUUCAUUAGCCCCAAUUUCCCAAAUUGCAAGACAAUCAAAUAAAACGUCAAAAGGUGAUGUACAAACAUAUUCCCCACAAUCAACGAAAAAAAAAAAAUAAA